AUGGAGGAGAUCAUCGAACAACUCCAAAUCUCGUUUGAUAUUCAAAGCGGUAUUAGGAGGGGAUAUAUAAAGACGGAGUUGUGGGGUUCGACCACAGGUGGAUCCCCAUGGUCGUUGCACCUUGAUAAAAAUCAGAAGCUUAGGAAGAUAACGAUUAAUCACGAGGAUUGGAUUUAUUCUAUUGGUUUUACGAUUGAAAAUUUGAAGGGUUUGUUAGAUUCUUCUCGACGUGAAGGAGGUACUGGCCCCUUGGCUGGCAGAAAUGUUUCCGAGGUUAACUUUGAUAUCGAUGAAGAAAUAAUCGGGAUAGAUGUAACAGUUGUAGUAACCACCGGGUAUUAUCCAAAUCAUGAAGUAAUCUCAUCCGUGUGUUUAAUGACAAACAAAAAGAAGCAUGGACCUUUCGGUAAGGAGACGGACACUCGGUUUUCUGCACGAUGGGAUGUAGGUUCCUUUGAGGGUUUUUUUGGUCGUGCUGCUUUUUACUUGGAUGGAUUGGGUUGCUAUUUGACAGAUACCGUAACAUAA